AUGCACCCGGCAACCCCCCCUUGCCUCACUGCAGAGGCAGCAGCGGCGGAGAGGGCUCUUCAUGGCGACCCAGAGGUCGCCCCUACGGCACUGCCCGCAGACGAGCAGGAUGUCCUGGUGCAGCGAGAGCACAGGGAACAAGAGAUAGAGAUCAGCAGCUUCACCAUCAACGGCAGCAGCAGCGGCAGCAAGAAUAGCAGCGGCCGCAGGAACAGUGGCAGCAGUAGCUGGGGAAGCAACUGCCCCAGCCAAGUCUAUGCGCUUCGGCAGGCCUCAUUCAAGAGCCACCCGACAUCUGAGGAGGUGCGACGGCAGCGGCUGAAGCUCAACAAUCUGCUGCGGUCCGAGGCUCGGGGCGAGCUGCUCCGGCAGCUGCGCGCAGAGGCAGAGAGAGAACUGCGGCAACAGGAAGAGCUGUUGCACCUGCAGCAGCAUGUAGAAGAUGCAGAGGUGGCACAGCACCGGAUCAGAACUGUGCAUGGCACGGUUAGGGAUGACCGUAUGAGGGCUUCUCUUGACAACAUGGACAGCCGCCCGCUGCAACAGCUCAUUAACCACCCACAAGCAAUUUACGAGGCUCCGGAGGAACUCAAGUCAGGCGAGUACAUGGUGGCUUUGCGUCCUGAGGGGCGAAGUUGUUUGCUGUUGUUGCGCAACGGUCGCGGGUUUUUGUUCGGUAAGAAUGGGAGGCCACUUCUGCGCGUGCAAUGCAGCAGUCAGGCGCAGGUGACGAUAGGAGCAGCAGGGCGGGAGAGUAUGAGCGGCUCGGCGACGCUUUUCUCGCAGCUGCUGCAAAAGCGGAAGGACGUGCAUAGUCUGCCGUUGGAGAAGCACAGGCUGAUGGAGGAGCUAGAAAAAGAGGUGUAUAGCUGCAUCCACCCUCAAGAAAAGCAGAGGUUGCUGUUGGAGCUAUCGCGACAAUUCGAUGUUGCACUGUACGGUCCCGCUGCAGAGGCAACAGGCGGCGCAGUGAUGGAACCUGCGGGCUGCCACAGUUUCAGCCGUAGUGCCGAUUUGCGGCAAGUAGACAAGCUCUCUUUGGGCAACCAGCAGCCUAAGGAAGAGGAGCGACAGCUGCAGCAGGGGCGGAGGGUGCAGCAGCAACAGGGACUACCGCUGAUGUAUCUGCCUUUGGGGAUUUUGUCAAAGGGUCUGACACUUCUAGAGUGCAUUUUGUGCCCAUACACCCCAGCUAACAUGGAGUACUUCUGCAGGCGUUACGGGGAGGCUGAAGGCGCAGUUGAAAGCGCACAAACUGUUGCAGCGUUCGCAGAAGGCGGGACUGUCGGUGCUGAGGACCCUUUGUGGCAGGUGCUGUUUGUGGUGGAUGUUUUGUUUCUCGGGGGCCUGAUGCUUGGCCAUUGCGAGAUUGAUGAAGCUCCAGGCGCGUUUGCCCCGCUGCAACUGCUUCCCUUCGUGGAUGCUGCGGCUUCUGAGCUGCAAUGUCUCUUCUCAGGACCCUUUCUCUACCCACCGGACGGUUUUUACUUCCAGCACAAAUUAGCGCCUCAUAUUGGAGGGACAAAUCCACUUGCUCAAUCUUGGAGGGAUGAGCGUAUUGCACGCUUUCCAAUAGACGAGAAGAACGAAGGCCAGCAACACAUCGACACGUUUCUGUUGCUCCUUCCAAACGGAGAAGUUCAAAGCAGUGAAGGCAUUGUGGUGGGCAUGGUGGAUCCCGCGGAGUUCGGAGUGGAGGGCAUGAAGGAGCCCUGUAUAAGACAUUUUAAGGUGGGAGACCUCGACGUGCAGAGCUGCCGCUUCCGCUGGCUUGAGAGGGCUGAGCGCUCCAGGAUGGAGCUAGACGUCUCACGGCAGCCCCCAAGGGGUCCAACAGCAACGCCACCAGACAGGCUGCACUGGGGGUCCUCUGGUGACAGGAGCAUUAAAGGGGACAUCCCCUUUUUGGAUAUAGGUGAUGCAGCAGAAGCACCAGUUACACUGCCAGCCACAACACAAUUGACCGAAGCGGCAGUAUCUGGAGGGAAAGACAGCGCCAAGCGCCAUCGACGUAGGCCUCCUAGAGCUGUGAAGGACAGGGCCCCAGACUCGUAUGCAAAGCUGGCCGACCAGUGGCUGCGGAUGCAAGGGAUUCACCCUGUGACACUUGAUGUGCUGUGCUCGCUGUGCCCACCUUAA